GGUACAGCACCCAGCGCUCGAUUCAUGCCAGGAGUGUCAGACAUCCUCUACCAGGGAAAGCAGCACCUGGCGGUUUUCGCAGGUGAGACGCUGCCUGGCUCGACGAAGAGGACGACGCUAAAUGACCUCUGGGUCUUCGAGCCCUCCUCGGCCGUGUGGACGGAGCUUUUUGCGCCAACCUGCGGAGAACCGCCAGUCCCGGAAGAGGACGUCAGCGUGAGCAC